AUGACGGCUCCGCGACCUUCCUGCCGCGAAGACUUCGAGAUCGCGAUCAUUUGCGCUUUGCCACUCGAAUAUAAUGCAGUGGCCCUCCUGUUUGACGAGCGCUGGGAUGAGUAUGGUGACACAUUUGGAAAAGCGCAUAGAGAUCCCAAUACCUACACCACUGGCCGCAUGGGCAAGCAUAACGUCGUGCUGGCUCUCCUGUCUGGUAUGGGCAAAGCCAAGGUAGCUGCCGCUGCGGCAAGCAUGCGGUCGAGCUAUGGGGACUUGGAGCUAGUGCUUCUAGUGGGAAUCUGUGGCGGCGUGCCGCAUCAUGGUCAGGGUGAGAUCUUGCUAGGAGAUGUGGUUAUCAGCAAGAGAGUUGUUCAGUAUGACUUUGGCAGGAAAUAUCCCGAUAAGUUUUUGCGCAAGGAUACGAUCGAAGAUAAUCUAAGCAAACACGACAAAAAUAUUCGCAACUUUCUCGCUCUAUUCGACACAGAUAACGGCAAAGAGACAGUCCAAGAACGGACUGCACACUUUCUCAGUCAGCUGCAAGCCAAAGCUGAGAAGCACCAGGCUAAAUACCAAUAUCCCGGGACGGCCGAGGAUAAGUUGUUCGAGUCAAGCUAUCGACACAAGCACCGCAUCUCACCGGCGUGCAUCUGCAGCGACUGCCAUGGAAGGAUGGAUCCCAUAUGCGACGACGCUCUUAGUGCGUUGUGCGAUGAUUUGGGAUGCGACGAAAGAUACCUAGAGCCCAGAGAUCGACUUCAGGCGAGGCGUCAGUUGGAGCAAGAAAAGAAGGACAGCGCGCAAGAGCCAGUCGUCCACAUUGGCGCAAUUGCAUCUGGCGAUACAGUAAUGAGGUCGGGAGAGGACCGGGACAGGAUCGCCAAGAGAGAAGGCGUUAUUGCGUUUGAGAUGGAAUGCGCCGGGGUAUGGGAAGAAAUGCCGUGCAUUGUCGUGAAAGCUGUGUGCGAUUAUGCCGACUGUCAUAAGAACAAGAAGUGGCAGGAUUUCGCAGCAGCAACAGCAGCAUCGGCAUCGAAGGCAAUUCUAGAACGAUACAUCCAAACAGACAGACGCCGGGGCCGGGUCGUGGACGAACCGCUGCCAGGCCAUUUUUUAGUUCCGUUUGGAAGGAAUCAGACCUUCGUUGGCAGGGAAACGAUUUUAUCAAAACUUCUGGAAAGAAUCUGGCCAGGCACGAAUCAGGACGACUGCCAGAGAACCGCCGUCGAAGGCCUCGGGGGCGUCGGUAAGACGCAGAUUGCACUGGAGGCCGUCUACCGAGUCCGCAACGAGCAUCCUGACUGCUCCAUUUUCUGGGUCCCGGUCGUGGACGCAAACACCUUUGAAAACGCUUACCGCGAUAUCGGCAAACGGAUGAAGAUUCAGGGUAUCGACGAGGACAAGGCUGACGUUAAGUGGCUUGUUAAAACUGCGCUAAGUGACGAUAGCAGUGGCUGCUGGCUCUUGGUAGUCGAUAAUGCCGAUGAUAUUACGUUGCUCUUUGGCGUCACUAGACUGUCAGACUAUCUGCCAUUUAGUCGAAAGGGCUCAAUUCUGUUUACAACGCGGAAUCAUAUGACCGUAGUGAAGCUAGACAUCCCGAAAAGUGGUGUCCUCACCCUAGCGGAGAUGAGCAGAACCGAGGCCACGGAACUAUUGCAGACGAACUUGACGACAAACCAGACGAGUGAUAUUGAAAGCAACAUGGAGCUGCUUGACUUCCUGACCGACUUGCCACUAGCCAUCAAGCAGGCGUCGGCCUACAUGGCCGAGACGGGAAUCACAACGGCACGAUAUCUCCAUCAUUAUCGGUCCAGCGAUAAAAAUAUGAUCAGGUUACUUAGCAGGGAUUUCAAGGACCAGGGCCGCUACCAGACCAUGAGAAAUCCGGUCGCCACGACCUGGCUAAUUUCUUUCGAGCAUAUCUCACGGGAUAAACCACUUGCUGCCCGAUAUCUGAAGUUUCUGUGUUUCCUUGGGGAGAAAGACAUCCCUACAUCCUUGCUGCCACCACCAGAAAGUGAGUUAGACAUGGACGAGGCGAUUGGCACGCUCAGAGCAUAUGCAUUCAUUACUCAGCGGGAGGGGCAAGAUUCGAUCGAUAUGCACCGGCUUGUUCGACUAGCGAUGCAAAACUGGCUAGGGAACGAGGAACUGAAGAGCUGUGUAACGUCUGCGGUACAGCGGCUUAAUCAAGCGUUUCCGUUUCCAGAGCACGAGAACAGGGAUAUGUGGAUGAGAUAUUUACCGCACGCACAAGCCGCACUGGAGUUUCGGGAGCACCCCAAAGGUGGGAAAGUGGACGCUAGCCUUUUGCAUAGUGUGGCCGAAAGUUAUUUCUUACUAGGACAAUAUCAGAAGGCAGAGCAGAUGCAUCGACAGUCGCUACAGGUUUACGAGAAGGUGCUAGGCAAAGACCAUCCGGACACACUUGACAGCAUGAACAACCUCGCACUUGCGCUUAGACAUCUGGGGAAGUACAAGGAGGCCGAGCAGAUGCAUCUGCAGACACUCGAGCUUCAGGAGAAGGUGCUAGGCAAAGACCAUCCGGACACACUUGGCAGCAUGAACAACCUCGCAUAUGUGCUUAAUAGUCUGGGGAAGUACGAGGAGGCUGUGCAGAUGUAUCGAGGGACACUCGAGCUUCGUCAGAAGGUGCUGGGCAAAGACCAUCCGCGCACACUUCACAGCAUGAACAACCUCGCAUUGGCGCUUAGAUCUCUGGGGAAGUAUGAGGAGGCCGAGCAGAUGCAUCGGCAGACACUCGAGCUUCGUGAGAAGGUGCUAGGCAAAGACCAUCCGGACACACUUGACAGCAUGAACGCACUCGCAAUUGUGCUUGACAGGCUCGGGAAGUAUGAGGAGGCAGAGCAGAGUCAAACAAUGGCUCUCAAUGGCUAUGAGAGGCUACUUGGCAAAGACCAUCCGCGCACACUUGACAGCAUGAACAACCUCGCAAUUGUGCAUGAACAUCUGGGGAAGUAUGAGGAGGCCGAGCAGAUGUAUCGGCAGACACUCGAGAUUAAAGAGAAGGUGCUGGGCAAAGACCAUCCGCGCACACUUCAGGGCAUGGACAACCUCGCACUUGCGCUUAGAUUUCUGGGGAAGUAUGAGGAGGCCGAGCAGAUGCAUCGGCAGACAGUCGAGCUUCGUCAGAAGGUGCUAGGCAAAGACCAUCCGGACACACUUGACAGCAUGGACAACCUCGCAAUUGUGCUUGAUAAUCUGGGGAAGUAUGAGGAGGCCGAGCAAAUGCAUCGGCAGACACUCGAGCUUAAAGAGAAGGUGCUAGGCAAAGACCAUCCGUUCACACUUGGCAGCAGGAACAACCUCGCAAUUGUGCUUGAUAAUCUGGGGAAGUAUGAGGAGGCCGAGCAAAUGCAUCGGCAGACACUCGAGCUUCGUGAGGAGGUGCUAGGCAAAGACCAUCCGGACACACUUGGCAGCAUAAACAACCUCGCAGAUGUGCUUGAUAAUCUGGGGAAGUAUGAGGAGGCCGAGCAAAUGCAUCGGCAGACACUCGAGCUUCAUGAGAAGCUGCUGGGCAAAGAGCAUCCGUCCACACUUUCCAGCCUGGGCAACCUCGCAGAUGUGCUUGAUAGUCUGGGGAAGUGUGAGGAGGCCGAGCAGAUGCAUCGGCAGACACUCGAGCUUCAGGAGAAGGUGCUAGGCAAAGACCAUCCGGACACACUUGACAGCAUGAACAACCUCGCACUUGCGCUUAGACAUCUGGGGAAGUAUGAGGAGGCUGAGCAGAUGCAUCAGCAGACACUCCAGCUUCAGGAGAAUGUGCUAGGCAAAGACCAUCCGGACACACUUUCCAGCAUGAACAACCUCGCAAAUGUGCUUGAAAGUCUCGGGAAGUAUGAGGAGGCCGAGAAAAUGCAUCGGCAGACACUCGAGCUUCGUCAGAAGGUGCUAGGCAAAGACCAUCCGGACACACUUGGCAGCAUGAACAACCUCGCAAAUGCGCUUAGUAAUCUGGGGAAGUACGAGGAGGCCGAGCAAAUGCAUCGGCAGACACUUGAGCUUGAGGAGAAGGUGCUGGGCAAAGACCAUCCGUCUACGCGAAGAAGUCGGAGGAAUUUUGAAAACUGCUUAAGGGCGAAGACAUAUUUUUAG